AUGCUAGCCAUGGAAGAAGGUCGUGCGAUGUCUGUUUUUGAUGCAAUGAUUGUUAAGGAAGGUUUUAGGACCGAGUUGUUGUCUAUAGCUAAUUUGGCAAUGCGAUGCUUGAACUUCAAUGGAAAAAAUAGGCCAACAAUGAAAGAAGUUUCCAUUGAGUUAGAAUGCAUUAGAUUGUCACAUGUUUCCCUUAUAGAUCAAACUAAUGUUGGCCUUGUGAAGCAAUAUGAGGAGGUAUCACCAAUAUAUGGUAAGUCAACAUCAACAUCGGUGACAAUCAGUGACAAUCGUAGUUGA